GGGCGCACGCGCACAUGCUGGGAGCGCCAAGGCUUGAGUUCCUGCUGGAAUGCUGCCCCUCCGGUAUCUUGUUCCGGGCUCCUUUGCUGUGGUUUCUGAACCAAACUCGUCUUAGGAGGGUUCACGGCCUCCGCUCCCCAUUUGGAGUGUAGUGAGGAGCAGAGCUGGGCCUCCGGGGUCAGGUUCCCCGGUGGAUGGAUCGAGAGACCCGCCUCUUUGCCGAGCGGCACUACCGGGGCCUCGGGGGCCGAGUCCCUGACUGCAGCGGGCCUGCACCCAGCAGUGUGACCUUCAUUCAGGCGCCGGACGCCUUCUCCUACGCUGACUUCGUGAAGGGUUUCCUGCUGCCUAACCAGCCCUGCGUGUUUUCCAGCGCCUUCACCGAGGGCUGGGGCAGCCGGCGGCGCUGGGUGACGUCGGCGGGGAAGCCUGACUUCGAGUAUCUGCUGCAGAAGUAUGGAGACGUGGUUGUACCGGUUGCCAACUGUGGAGUGCGGGAAUACAAUUCAAACCCCAAGGAGCACAUGCCCUUCCGUGACUAUAUCGAUUACUGGAAGGAGUACAUCCAAGGAGGUUGCUCCUCCCCGCGGGGCUGCCUCUACCUCAAGGACUGGCACCUGUGCAGAGACUCCUUGGUUGAUGACCUGGAAGAUAUAUUCACCUUGCCUGUGUACUUCUCAUCAGACUGGCUGAAUGAGUUCUGGGACGUCCUCAAUGUGGAUGACUACCGCUUUGUCUACGCGGGGCCCAAGGGCACUUGGUCUCCCUUCCAUGCGGAUAUCUUGCGCUCCUUCAGCUGGUCAGUGAACAUCUGUGGGAGGAAGAAAUGGUUGUUCUUCCCGCCAGGGCAGGAGGAGGCCCUUCGGGACUGCUACGGUAAUCUGCCCUAUGAUGUGACUUCCGCCGAGCUCCUGGACACUCGCCUGUAUCCCAGGAUCCAGCACAGCAGCCUACCCCUUGAAGUCAUACAGGAGGCUGGUGAGAUGGUAUUUGUGCCCAGCGGGUGGCACCAUCAAGUGUACAACCUGGACGACACCAUCUCUAUCAACCACAACUGGGUCAAUGGCUGCAACCUGGCUAACAUGUGGCACUUCUUGCAGCAAGAACUCCAGGCAGUGCAGCAGGAGGUCAGAGAAUGGAAGGACUCCAUGCCUGACUGGCACCACCACUGCCAGGUCAUCAUGAAGUCCUGCACAGGGAUCAAUUUUGAAGAAUUUUACCAUUUCCUCAAGGUCAUCUCGGAGAAGAGGCUUCUUGUCCUGAAGCAAGGACUGAAGGGGGAGACAGGAGACAGCACAGGACUGAGGCUGGGCCUACAGCAGGCUGCAUUUGAUGUGGGACGCCUUGCAGAUGUGCUGGCCUCUGUGGUUAUACAUCCUGACUUUGAGAGAGUGGACACCAGCGCGUUCUCACCUCAGCCAGAGGAGCUGCUUCAGCAGCUGGAGGAUAUCGUGGCUGCCACCAAGGCCCUUUAGCACGCUAUAGCUCCCAGUAUAGGAAGAGUUCUGGAGGGCAGCUUCUUGCCGCAGGGCCCUGCCCAGGCUACCCUUCCUUGAGGCCUAGGAUGUACCUCAAGGCUGUGCAGGUGCAGUUCUUGCAGUGUGGGCAGACACAGUCUUGCCCAUCUAGUGCUGUUUCUCAGUAUCUAGGCCCUGGAUCUUGAGGAAGAUCCAGCCAAAAUGGGAAUUUAGCUCAUGGGGGCUAGAGGGAUAUUCACCCAUUUAGCCUACAGCAAGCCUGCCAAGAACUUGAAUAGUGAUCCUGAAACCGGGUUUCCUUGGAGCCUUCCAACCUCUCCUAGUGAUCCGAGGACUUCUGAGUGAUGGCUAGCCCAUCUGCUUACCUUGGAGGUGACCCUGUGUGACCUGGGACAUAGAUAGAGAUGCAUAUAUGCAGUUGCUCUCCAAGCCUCUGUGUCCUCUAGUUCUGUCCUGGGAGCUCCAGCAGAUGGAAAGCCUCUGUGUCCUCUAGUUCUGUCCUGGGAGCUCCAGCAGAUGGACUAGGAAGAGUUAAACAGGGUAUGGCAAGUGGCAAGGGACUGCUUAAGCUGGGUGUUGUUCCCCUGUGACUGGAGGCAUGGUGCUAGGUAGCUAAAAAACCCCAAAUACGAUCUAGCCAAGUCCCCAGGAUGGAGAUGACGUGAGGACUAGGUGGAAGUAGCAUUCUUCCCCUGCACUCCUUCAAGGCCUGGGCUCCUGCGCUAACGCUGUGCUAGCUCAUCUGCCCGAGGGCAUAGGGCUAAGUCCAGGGCAGAAGUAUAGGGGCAUCCUGUAGAGGAGACAGAUACACCCAUCUCAGGUUGGUGCUGGAUAAGGCAGUGCCUCCUGUCGGCUGCACUCACUGCCUAUGCUUCUUAGAUGGAGACAAGUCAUUGCUCAAUGGCCUGCAUGGCUCCAUAUAACAAUAUACUUCGGGCACCUGCA